UGUAUAUCACCAUUGGUUACACCACGCCGUGGUGAUACCCAGGCAGAGCGGAGAAGACUCGCUGCAUUACAAAUUAUUUACCGUCUCUCUCCACAUAAGCAAGUAACACAAAUCUUCUAUGACUGUCAGCCAAUAACGAAAGCUAUGGGUGACUUUGCAUAUCAUCAAGAAGUUUUGAGGAAAGCUCGAGUAAUAGAAAGGAAAAGGGAAGCAGCGAGAGCCACUGAUAUUCAGUUUGGUGAAGAAUUCACAAACUCUGUUGGAACCAAAAGUGGUAAAAGAGAGCAAGUAGCUGCAAGGUACAAUGAUUACAGCCAGGAUUUGGAUCGUUUUAGACUGACACAAGAUGGUUUCAAAAAUCGUUAUCGAGCUAAGGAUGUUGAAUAUCCUCAUGUUGAUGUAAUCUAUAAAGUCAUGUACCCUGAAACUGACAACAGCUCUUAUACAUGCGAAGAAACCAGAACAGAUAGAAGGAUGAAUGUGCAAAUGUCAAAGUAUCAUGCUCAUGUACAAGUUGAUGGGAUAAACCAUCCUGUACCUGCAUCGCCCAAAUCAGAAGCUCAAGAAACUCAACAAAGUGCAACAGAAAAAGGAAAUAAAACUCCAAGCCAAACAGAAAAAGUUAAAUCUCCUGUUACUGAAACUUAAAUGCAUGGCUUCAAUAAAACAACCUUUAACAGUCAGUUUAAAGAUUCUUAAUUAAUCAAAAUCAAAUAAUGCAUAAUAUGAAGCAUAAUAAUCGUAUAACUCACUCAUGAUUAGGAGUGAGUUAAAUUUUGUUCAGUGCACGUGAAGCUUUAUGAAAUGCAAGGGUUACUUAAGACAUUGAAUUGAAUUUUCAUUUUUAUAAUAUUUUGAUAAUUUGCUCAAGUUUUUCUUUGAAUUUUUUCCCUUACCAUUUAUAAAGCAAUGGCAAAAGUGCUCAACUUACAAAAACAGUAAAAACAAAAAUGUUUUAGUAUCAAGCUCAAUUGAAGUUGUGAGGCAAUAUUUUUCGUAUGAAAAUGAGACAGUUGAAUUUUUUUGUUUCAAUUCUUUUUUUUUUUUCAUUUAUGUUUGCAUCUGAAGCUGAAGUAAUUGAAUGUGAUGUGAUUCUUGUUAUGAAAUAUUUUUGCAUGGCAAUGUUUUUAAGUUUUAAAUUAAAGUUGGUUUGGGAGAUGCAUUGCAUUAUAAAAUCUCUACUACAUGACAUCAGUUAUUGUGUGGGUUGUGUGUUACUAUUGGCUGUUCCAGUUAGCUGCAGAUUUAUUUAUAUUUCAAACCAUUAAAUGUAGUUUAAGUUCAAAAUGCAUCAAAUGCAUAUCAAUCUUCAGUUUACCGUCAGAUGAAUACUAAAAUAUAUAUUGUGUUCAUAAAUGACAAAAUCCCAUGACUUAUUUUUACUGACCUGAACAAAUUUAAAGUUAAAAAAAGUUUUGUGUGGCAUUGAUUUGGUGAUCACUGUUGGUUUUGUACUCUGAUUGUAGGGGAACAAGGAUAACAGCAGGCGAUUUGUGCUAUGUUCCAUCAGGAGAAUUGAGUGUCAUCAAACACCGCCAUGUUGAUAAUAACCCUCCAGAC